AUGGGGCUCCUGGACGCAGAGCCCGGCAGCGUCCUGAACGCGAUGUCCACGGCGCUCAACGACACGGUGGAGUUCUACCGCUGGACCUGGUCCAUCACAGAUAAACGUGUGGAAAAUUGGCCUCUAAUGCAGUCUCCAUGGCCUACACUUUGUAUAAGUACCCUUUAUCUGCUGUUCGUGUGGCUGGGCCCAAAGUGGAUGAAAGCCAGAGAACCUUUUCAGAUGCGCUUAGUGCUCAUACUCUAUAAUUUUGGGAUGGUUUUGCUUAAUCUUUUUAUCUUCAGAGAGUUAUUCACAGCAUCUUAUAGAGCAGGAUAUAGCUAUAUUUGCCAGAGUGUGGAUUAUUCUGAUGAUGUUAAUGAAGUCAGGAUAGCUGCUGCUCUGUGGUGGUACUUUGUAUCUAAAGGAAUUGAGUAUUUGGACACAGUGUUUUUUAUCCUAAGGAAGAAAAACAACCAAGUCUCUUUUCUUCAUGUAUAUCAUCACUGUACAAUGUUUACAUUGUGGUGGAUUGGAAUUAAGUGGGUCGCAGGGGGACAAGCAUUUUUCGGAGCCCAGCUGAAUUCCUUCAUUCAUGUGAUUAUGUACUCAUACUAUGGGCUAACUGCAUUUGGCCCAUGGAUUCAGAAGUAUCUUUGGUGGAAACGAUACCUGACCAUAUUGCAGAUGGUUCAGUUCUUUGUGACCAUUGGACACACAGCAAUGUCUCUCUACACGGAUUGCCCCUUCCCAAAGUGGAUGCACUGGGCUCUGAUUGCCUACACAAUCAGCUUCAUAUUUCUCUUCCUCAACUUCUACAUUCGGACAUACAAUGAGCCUAAAAAAUCAAGCACUGGAAAAACAGCUGUGAAUGGUAUUUCAGCCAAUGGUGUGAGCAAAUCAGAAAAACUGGUGGUAGAAAAUGGAAAAACCCAGAAAAAUGGAAAAGCAAAAGGAGAGUAA